AGGAGAGACUUCACCGGCUCUACAGAUCCACUCAUGACAACGCAGCCGGCUGAUUCGCGCGACUGACUUACUGAAUUGAGGACUCAUGAGUCAUGAUGACCUAUGAGUCAUCAUGACUCAUGAGUAGUAAGGAGUCAUGAUGACUCAUGAGUCCCAUGGUCUGCUAGCUUGCAAUGUUUCCGGCUCUGAGUCUGCGGGUCGUCUCUCUGCUCGCUCAGUCGCUUGUGGAGCUGUGGUGGCCUACGAAAUUGUAAGUUAUAGCUUUUGGCAGCUAAGAUGGCUAGGACUAGCAGUAGCUAAUGUUGCAAGAGGUUUGUGAAUGAUACUAGAGACUCGCGUCUCAUGAGUUCAUUUAAAGACACGGGGGAAAGAUGAGUGAGUCACGACUCAAACAGGUUUACUCAGAGGACACCGAGCAACAAUUCCGAUACGGAAUCCAAGAUGGCUGCGCCCUGUGUGACUUUGGAGGUGGCUCUGGAGGACUCUGACACCUAUACCACGGUGAAUGGUGCUGAUAAUAGUUCUGCCAGUAAUGGCAUCCUGGAAGCUGCACAAGGAAGUCUAGCAGAACAAACAACAAAUGAAGAGGCGAGUGAUGACCGCUCUGUGAAAUGUAGACAGAAAAAACGCAGCUUGGUUUGGAGGCACUACGAAUACCUGGACAGUUUGGCUGCUGCUCGUUGCCGCAUUUGCAUGAACAAGUUAGAGUGCUCUGAAGGCAGGAGCACCAGCAACUUGCAUCGGCACUUGUCAAAGAGACACCCAGGGGUCUUUUCUCAGCUGGUAGCAGACAAGCAGCACCCACCACCACCCCACUCAUCACAGGGCUCAAAUGCUAAAGUGGAGGUGGCUCUGGAGGACUCUGACACCUAUACCACGGUGAAUGGUGCUGAUAAUAGUUCUGCCAGUAAUGGCAUCCUGGAGGCUGCACAAGGAAGUCUAGCAGAACAAACAACACAUGAAGAGGCAAGUGAUGACCGCUCUGUGAAAUGUAGGCAGAAAAAACGCAGCUUGGUUUGGAGGCACUACGAGUACCUGGACAGUUUGGCUGCUGCUCGUUGCCGCAUUUGCAUGAACAAGUUAGAGUGCUCUGAAGGCAGGAGAACCAGCAACUUGCAUCGGCACUUGUCAAAGAGACACCCAGGGGUCUUUUCUCAGCUGGUAGCAGUCAAGCAGCACCCACCACCACCCCACUCAUCACAGGGCUCAAAUGCUAACGGUGACACAUCGACACCACCAGAAACUGUUGGGGCGCCAGAGAAGCAGAGACAGUUUUCGGGCAAAGUGAAAGUUUCAAGAGCUUCUGAAGGAGAAAAGCGUGUGUUAAGGAGAGAGCAGGAGCUGAUAGAAGCUCUGAGGAGAGUGCAGAAGGAGGAAGCUCGGGCUCUGGAGCAUCAGAGGGAGCUGCUCGAGAAUCUGCGUGCAGUGAAUGCCAGGGAGGCAGCUGCAGAGAGGCAGCAGAUUGAGUCACUGAGGAAAGCACAGCUAGAGGAAGCCAAAGACUUGAGUAGACAGAGAGAAGAGGUCCAGAAGGAAAAGACAGAGCUGCAGAAGAAAUGGGAAGAGCUUCAGCGGGAAAGAGAAUGUGUCUUGUUGUUGUCCAGAGAACAUCAAGCCUCCUGAUCAUAUCCUGACAUCACUGAUUUCAAAUUUUCUAUGAAUGCUUUGGGACAAAUUCAAAGACAUGAUGAUGUCUCCCCUUUUAGUAAAAUAUAUUUUGCAGUAGUUUUCUGUCACAGCUGUGUUGCACUGCUUCUUUCUUCCUCUUCUGCCCACUCUGAUCCUGUCUCGUUGUGUGAUGUCCUGAUAUUACUCCGGUAUCAAAUGAAUAGAAAUGUGAUCUAGGACAAACCUCUCCCUCCACACCUCACCCUGUACUCAUGGCUGCAACAAGCAAUUUUCAAAUGAAUAUAGUAGUCAGAGACUGGCCAUAAAAAUGUAUGUGUUGCUGCUCACUCAAGUCUGCAGGAUAGGAUCAGUUGCAAAAAAUCUACAUUUUGCCAAUGAAAUUGGAAUGUUGUCAGUAAAAAUCUGACACAUCAGAGAUUUUCUUUUACUGUGCGGUCUAGAGAUGAUCAGUCAAACAAAUUGAAUAGUUUCAUGCUUUUUCUUUCCUUUUUUAUACCAAAUUACACCACGGCUUUAACGUGUGAUCCUGUUAUGAAACUUAAGUCUCUUGUUGAAAUUUGUGGUGGUAAGAGGAUGUGUGCUGAAUUAGGCCAUUUUUGAGAGCAUCAUAUUUUCCUUCAUUGACCUUUUUGUUGAAACAGGAUGUUUAGGCAAGACAAUGUUGGGAAGGAUUUAGAGAGGCAGUUUUGAUUUUGGUUAAAAUGUUUUUAUACUCCCACUGGAGUAUCAUCUUCCCUACAGGAACACUGCAGGUAAUGGCAUUAAAAUUUGAUCUGUAAGAGAAUAUUUUGAAGAUAAUUAUAUUGUACAAUCUUCUUUACUGAAUCAAUACAUAACUAACUUUUCAGGAAUCAGGGUUAAUUUAUGGCAGAGCCGAAGGACACAUUUUCUUUUGAAGUUGGAAAAUGCUUACAAGGUGGUAGUGAGGUCAGAUGCAUUGUGGGUAACUGAGAUAUUGUUAAUGGCAAUACAAAUUGUAAUGUAAUGUUUUAUGCAUUGAGCACCAAAAAUGAAAUUCUAUUAAUCUCCAGUGUAUUGGUAUUGUAAGUUUCUGAGGUAGAUGCAACAGUUACAACCAAAA